GGGAGCAGACACGAAUGGGAACGAAGUCCCGCUCAUUCAGUGCAGAGGAAAAGCAGUGGUCAGAUUCCACACACACAUGAAUACCAACCCACCAUGUGGCUAUGGCUAAAGGAAAAGGAGACUUGGGCCUGAGAAAGACCCAUCUGCUCGAACACAUCGAUUUACCCUUUACUUAGGGCAAAAUCGAAGGUUUCAGCUGCUCGACUGAGAGGAGAACAGUCCAGGCAUCCAAAGUGGAUCUCCAAGUCACAGCAAGGAAUCCGUGCCACCUAAAUUGUUUGACCCAGUGAAUCUUCAAGGAAAGGUCCCUGAGGCCCCCAUCUGCUGACUGCAUGACAAACCCUAAAGGAAAUGCCAGUCGUGAUGGCCCGGGACCUGGAGGAAACAGCAUCAUCCUCAGAGGAUGAGGAGGUGGUAAGCCAAGAGGAUCAUCCCUGUAUCAUGUGGACUGGAGGCUGUAGGAGAAUUCCAGUUUUGGUGUUCCAUGCUGAGGCUAUUCUGACAAAGGACAACAAUAUUCGUGUAAUUGGAGAACGUUAUCAUUUGUCUUACAAAAUUGUGCGAACGGAUAGUCGCCUGGUACGCAGCAUUCUGACAGCCCAUGGAUUUCAUGAAGUUCACCCAAGCAGCACUGACUAUAACCUAAUGUGGACAGGAUCCCACCUGAAGCCCUUCUUACUUCGCACCCUCUCUGAAGCACAAAAGGUUAAUCACUUUCCCAGGUCCUAUGAACUAACCCGUAAAGACCGACUAUAUAAAAACAUCAUUCGAAUGCAGCAUACGCAUGGAUUCAAGGCUUUUCACAUCCUCCCUCAGACUUUCCUUCUGCCAGCCGAGUAUGCGGAAUUCUGUAAUUCAUAUUCAAAGGACCGGGGACCUUGGAUAGUAAAACCAGUGGCCUCUUCUAGGGGGCGGGGUGUGUACCUGAUCAACAAUCCAAACCAGAUUUCCCUGGAGGAGAACAUCCUGGUCUCCCGUUACAUUAACAACCCUCUGCUCAUAGACGAUUUCAAGUUCGAUGUGCGCCUGUACGUGCUUGUGACUUCGUAUGAUCCUCUUGUUAUCUAUCUCUAUGAAGAAGGAUUGGCUAGGUUUGCAACCGUGCGAUAUGAUCAAGGAGCCAAGAACAUUCGGAACCAGUUCAUGCACCUGACAAACUACAGUGUGAAUAAGAAGAGUGGAGACUAUGUCAGCUGUGAUGAUCCAGAAGUGGAGGAUUAUGGGAACAAAUGGAGCAUGAGUGCCAUGCUUAGGUAUCUGAAACAAGAAGGCAGAGAUACGACUGCAUUGAUGGCCCAUGUGGAAGACUUGAUUAUUAAGACUAUAAUCUCUGCUGAACUAGCAAUUGCUACAGCCUGUAAAACCUUUGUUCCUCACCGCAGCAGUUGUUUUGAACUCUAUGGCUUUGAUGUGCUCAUAGAUUCUACUCUGAAGCCAUGGUUGUUGGAAGUAAAUCUCUCCCCUUCUUUGGCCUGUGAUGCACCUCUGGACCUAAAGAUUAAAGCCAGUAUGAUUUCAGAUAUGUUCACUGUUGUAGGAUUUGUGUGCCAGGAUCCUGUCCAAAGGGCAUCAACCCGGCCAAUUUAUCCCACCUUUGAGUCUUCCAGGCGAAACCCUUUCCAGAAACCUCAGCGUCCAGUGUCUGCUCAGUUUCAGUCCUCAGACGCCAAACUGCGUUCCCGUCCACUCUCUGCCAGUGAUGCGGAAAUGAAAAACCUUGUGGGCUCAGCCCGAGAGAAGGUGCCGGGGAAGUUAGGUGGUUCUGUGCUUGGUCUGUCAAUGGAGGAGAUCAAAGUUUUGCGGAGAGUGAAGGAAGAAAAUGAUCGGAGAGGUGGAUUUAUUCGCAUAUUCCCCACAUCAGAGACAUGGGAAAUAUAUGGGUCCUACCUCGAACACAAGACCUCCAUGAACUAUAUGCUGGCAACACGUCUCUUCCAGGACAGGGGAAACCCAAGAAGAAGCUUAUUGACAGGAAGAACACGACUAGCGGCUGAUGGAGCACCAGAAUUGAAGGUAGAGAGUAUGAAUUCAAAGGCCAAACUGCAUGCUGCCCUGUAUGAGAGGAAGCUCCUGUCUUUGGAGGUGCGAAAACGUCGACGACGGAGUGGCAGAUUGAGGGCAAUGAGGCCAAAAUACCCAGUGAUCACUCAACCAGCUGAAAUGAAUGUUAAAACUGAGACAGAGAGUGAAGAGGAGGAAGAAGUUGCAUUGGACAAUGAAGAUGAAGAACAGGAGGCUUCCCAGGAGGAAUCUGCAGGGUCCCUUGGAGAAAAUCAAGCCAAAUACACCCCCUCAUUGACAGUUAUGGUAGAAAAUUCACCCAAAGAAAAUGCCAUGAAAGUUUCUGAAUGGAAUAAUAAAGGUGAAUCAUGCUGCAAAAUUGACACUCAGGAGCCAGAGCCUAAAUUUAACCUGAUGCAGAUUCUGCAAGAUAAUGGCAAUCUUAGCAAAGUGCAGGCCCGUAUAGCAUUCUCUGCCUAUCUCCAGCAUGUUCAAAUUCGCCUGAUGAAAGACAGUGGAGGUCAAACGUUCAGUGCCAGUUGGGCUGCCAAAGAGGAUGAACAGAUGGAGCUAGUGGUUCGCUUCCUUAAACGAGCAUCCAGUAACCUCCAGCACUCACUGAGGAUGGUAUUACCCAGUCGACGAUUGGCACUUCUGGAACGCAGAAGAAUCUUGGCCCACCAACUCGGUGAUUUUAUUAUUGUGUACAACAAGGAAACAGAACAGAUGGCUGAAAAGAAAUUGAAGAAGAAACUUGAAGAAGAGGAAGAAGAUGGGGUGAAUACAGAAAACUUUCAGGAGUUCAUCAGACAAGCAAGUGAGGCUGAACUGGAGGAGGUGUUGACUUUUUAUACCCAAAAAAACAAGUCUGCAAGUGUCUUCUUGGGGACUCACUCAAAAAGUUCUAAAAACAGCAACAAUUAUUCUGAUAGUGGGGCAAAGGGUGACCACCCUGCAACGAUGGAAGAAGUGAAAAUAAAGCAACCCAAACAGCAGCAGGCAACAGAAAUUCACUCUGAUAAAUUAUCUCGAUUUACCACUUCAGCAGAAAAAGAGGCUAAAUUAGUCUAUACAAAUUCUUCCUCUGCUUCUUUCUCUGGUCCUGCUGCUACUCUUCUGCAGAAAAUUCCCAAUACCCAUUUGUCAUCUAUUAUUACAACCUCUGACCUCUCCCCAGGGCCUGGCCACCAUUGUUCUUUAUCUCAGAUUUCUCCAGCUGUCCCCAGCAUGUCUCACCAGCCAACAGUUUUACUGAGCACAGUCCCUGACACUGCAUCUCCCUCCAUACAUCCUGGGACACAGAACGUACCAAGCCCUGCCGGCCUGCCACGCUGUCGAUCAGGCAGUUACACCAUUGGCCCCUUUUCCUCUUUCCAAAGUGCUGCACACAUCUAUAGCCAGAAACUGUCUCGUCCCUCUUCAGCAAAGGCAGGUUCAUGCCAUCCAAACAAGCUGCACUCGGGAAUGGCUAAACCACAAAGAGAAGAAGAUGGUUCUCUGUACAGCAGACGGUAUAACCCAAGUAUGGUUACGGCCGAGCUUCAGCGGCUGGCUGAGAAGCAGGCAGCCAGGCAGUAUUCCCCAUCUACCCACAUCAGUCUCCUCACCCAGCAGGUAACAAACCUGAAUUUGGCAAGUGGCAUCAUAAACAGAAGCAGUGCUUCAACCCCUCCCACCCUUCGGCCUGUCAUCAGUCCUAAUGGCCCAACAUGGUCAGUACAGUCAGACCCCCAAGCUCCUGAGAGCCACUUCACCCCUCCUGGAAGCAGGAGCCUUCAAACAGGUGGCUUUGCCUGGGAGGGAGAGGUAGAGAACAACGCGUAUAACAAGGCUACAGGGGUGGUCCCUCAGCACAAGUAUCACCCCACUGCAGGCAGUUACCAACUCCAUUUUGCUCUGCAGCAGCUUGAACAACAGAAACUUCAGUCCCGACAGCUUCUGGACCAGAGUCGAGCCCGGCACCAGGCCAUCUUUGGCAGCCAGACACUAUCUAACUCCAAUUUAUGGACAAUAAAUAAUGGUGCAGCCGGUAGAAUUUCAAGUGCCACGGCUAAUGGCCAGAAGCCAACCACUCUGCCACAAAAAGUGGUGCCACCUCCAAGCUCUUCCUCCUCACUGGUCCCCAAGCCCCCAGCCAAUCACAAACAAAUCCUCAGAAAGAUGACAUCCCAGAGAGUCACCAAAGGGUCCUCUGCAGAAGGGCAGCUGAAUGGUCUCCAGAGCAGCCUUAACUCCGCAGCCUUCAUGCCCAUCACCAGCUCCACAGAUCCUGCUCACACUAAAAGAUGAACCACAGUCGCACAGAGGAAGAACCUAUUUGCCCUCCUGCUCCUGCCGGGGUGUGACUGAGGCUGAAGCAUCUACCAGGGCUGCAAGGGGUCCACGGUAUUUUUUUUUUUCUUUUUCUUUUUCUUUUUUUUUUUUUUUUGCUGCCUUGGUCCCCAGAACCUUCAAGCAACAGUGGCUGUAGAUUGUUGCCAGUCAGCCAAUCCAGACUUUUGCUGAGACGACAGGAAAACAUAUCAGCUGGGUUUUGAUUGAACUUGGCAGUGGGGACAUUGAACCGAUGCAUUAUAUACCCUAUCAGAGCACACAUGUAUCUUUUAUCCCUUUUAUCCCCUCCCCUAACCUGCUUAGGUCUUCUCUGUCCCUCUCCUACUACCACACAGAGAUGAUAUAAAAGAGGCUCUUUGGCUAUUUGCAUUUUGCUUCCUCUUCUUUUCCAGGUUGCAGUAUUAAGCUUGACUUCCUUACAAGCCUAAAAUCCCAACAUUAUCCACGAAAGUUGUUCUCUCCUUUUCCGAGGAUUUGGGGGGUGGACAGGGGAUGUGGGAAGCAUACAUCACAAGUCUCCCAGAGAGUAGAGGAAAGUUGGUGUGCCGCUGACCACAUGAGCCAUAGUAAAGGCACCCUUUGGAAUUACUGAUUUCUAAAAUUAAUAAAGUGAUUCUAUUUUUCUUUUUCUUUUUUUCCAUUUGCUAAUUUCCCACCAAUCAGUAUUCACAAACAAGCCUGAAAUGGGACCAACUUCUCGUUUUCUUUCAUUGCUGGGCAAUUUUUUAAACUCUGUUUUAGAAAUGUGAACUACAAAGAGAUGUUUUAUUCUUCCAUUUGGUUUCAGCAGAUGGUGGGUCCAGGCUGUUCCCCACAGGCAGCUCCUGUACCUGGGAAGCUCGUAUGUGCACAUGUCUCCAUUAUCAGCCCGCAGCAGACAGGUCCUCUAGUGGCAUGUGGAUCUGCAUCCUUAAACAGUUCAUCAGAAUGAGGCGACAUACCCCCGAUGGCUUUCCACUUGACCUCUGCUCCCUUGUCUCCUCACCUUUCCCUGGUCCUCUCUCUGGCUUCUACUGGAGAAAAGGUUGAAAGGCAGGCUGCAGAGCCACUGAAGGAUUGACUGCUGCCCUGAGGAGUUACUGGGUGAGGACCCAGAGUCUGGGGUUUCUACACCAGGGUGCUCUAAACUCAGCUUUGAAACCCCAAAGAAAAAAUGACACCCAACAAGGCAGAGAGAAAAGGGACUUUAUUGACUUCUUAGUGAAUGCAAACAAGUUUGAGCACAUCAAAGCGUUUUGUUUCCUGGUGAGGGAUGAAGACUGUCACUUGAGGGAGGAGAGAGAAUAUGUGUCCGAGAUGUUCCUGGGCCUUCUGGUUCGUAGUUUGAGGACCAUCUUAACUGUUGUCUAACUGGGUUGUGAAUUGGUUAGGAGACAAAUCAGAAUUCCUCCGUGAUUCCCUGGUGAUGUGUAGAACCGAAAUAAGAUAUAUGGAGAUCUUGUGAGAAGGCAUAAGCGGGUAUGAGCCCAGUAAAAGAACUCUGAGACCAACUAGACUGCUUGGGAUUGCCCUAAGUCACCAUUACAGUUGGGUCCUCGAGCUCAUUUCUGACUGCACUCACCAUGUGCUCAUGAAAUGUUAAGACCAGACUCCAGAUCUCUCUGUGUGUCAUUUUUACUGGUACCGGACUUCUCUUGGCAAUAAACAAGACAGAUCAUAUGAUUCCCCCCUCCAACAACGGUGUCUUUUCCAGUGUCCCUCCCUCCCCUCCCCCAAAACGUGUAUUUCUUCAGACAGACAGACAAUGGUUCAUGUUUCUGUAGUGCCUGUAAGUGACAUGUGGAAUGGAGAGGCUGGACUUCAGACCCCUGCCCAUAUUUGUAUCCGCUGAUAAAGAUAAGAAUAGAGCUCUAAUAUAAAAAGAACAUUUGGAAUCACAGUGUGUUCUGUUUUCUUUGGGAUACUUCAGGAAACAUAACUCGUUGCCUCGGUUCAUUAGGAUGAGCCACAGGCCAACAUUUUAGUGAUGUCCUGUGAGGUUGGAUAAGAAGGAAGGUUUAUUCUAGGGUCAGAAAAAUUAUUACCUUCUUCCUUAUUUAAGCCUCAAGGAAGGAUCCAUGACGUCAGAUCUAAUACACUGCUGCUCAAAAUGUAGUGUUUAGGCAGCCUGGACCUUCCCCCAGGCCUAAAGCUGCCUCUAGAGCUGCAGCCUGAAAUUGUGCAUUUUUAGUAAACACUUGGGUGUUUCUCAUGCCCAAUGAAACUUGAGAAUAGCUGCCACAAGUGAAUAGAUUCUGAAGCUUGGGAUAGCCAUGGCCCAUGGCCAGAGGGCUGGGCAUGCUGCAUCCCCUCUCUAGGCCCGGUAGCUACCUCGGGUAAACUGGAUCAGAGUGCCAGCAGCCAUGAUUUUAGGACAGGGACACAGCCCCCCAAAUACAGUGGAAAUAAAUGGGUGCCACCGGGGAUGAAGCCUGAGAGAAAAGCUCUUAGAAUUGGCCGGGCAUGAAAAAAGCAGGAAAGAAUGUCUUGGUGACCAAACUCAGGAGUUCAACUGGGGAGCAUUCCAAAAGGAGCAAGAUAUACACAACUAUGCAUACACACACAUACACAGAGGCAAGAACAUAUCCCAUGGACCCUUCAACCUGCAAAUUUUAGCUUCAGAUAGAUUUUUUCACCAAUGGUAAGGUGAUUUCAAUAGAGGAACAUAUUUUUUUGGCAGCUGCUAGAUGGUUCCUCAUUACGGAUGGUUGCUUCUGGUGGACAUCAAUAUAAUAGAAUUCUGCAUUGCUCUGGGAUCUGUGACCUCAGAAGAGAACUAUGGAAUUGUAUUUCCUCACCCUCUCCCAUCCCCAAAUCUGACAAGAGGUUCCUGGCAAGCUUAUCCUGAUAAUACAAUUAGCCUCAUCUCCUUAGGCCAUUUGCCAUUGACAGUUUCUCUAAUUUCUCAACUGAUUUGGAGGGUGAGAUUAGAUUGUCAAAAAUGUUCAUUAUUGAUAGUGAACGUACAAACGAACACAUUUCCAUGUGCAAGGGUUCACACCAAAUGAUUUUUGCCCACAGAUAAAUGUAGGUCAAAAUCAGUUUCUAAAAAUCUGAGCCACUGCCUCUCUGUGUCUGAGGACAAACACUCCACAGAAGGAAAGGAGCACAAAGACCAGCUCAGUCUUCUCAGGUGGCAGAAGGCAGUGCCAGGGUACUCGCACUAAGCAAUGUAUUCGGAGUUCAAGACUGCCCCAGUUUCCA